AUGGCUAACCAUAGUCAAUCAGCAUUCAUUCUCAUGAUCUUGGCCAUGUUGGUUGCCAUUGUCAUGUCUGAUCACGGGCCAAGUCCAGCACCUUCACCUUUCAAUGAUUAUCGCGGCCCAAGUCUAGCACCUUCAUCUUUCCAUGAUCAUCGCGGCCCAAGUCUAGCACCUUCACCUUUUCAUGAUCAUCAGCACCAACCAAGUCCAGCACCACCACCUUCUCAUAGUCAUGCCCACAUCCCACCACUCCCGCACAAACACACUGCUCAUUCACCAGCAUUAACACCCACCUCAGCACCAGCACAGUCCAUUGGCACACCUCACUUCUACCCUAGCUUGUUGCUUUCAACCCUUUUUGCAUGUAUUGGCCUCAUCUGCUUCUUCUUCUUCUAG